AUGACGGCGUUGAUUCGUUCAUUUCCCCAGCUCGGCGCUUAUUCCGCGGCGCACACCAGGACCGUUUCGGCCGUUCGAAAAAGCACCUCAUCCAUGUCCUCCUCUUCCUCCUGGGGGAUAUCAGUCCCAGCUGGCGUGGAGCUGGAGGUCGAUCCUCCACCGUCAGCACAACCACAGGGGCAGCAGCAUGAUCGAGUCGUCGACCCUUCGUCCGAGUCGUCGUGUACCGUCGAAGCUGCUGCCCCAACAUCUCUCCCUCUUGGACCGCGCGAUGCGGAAGAGGAAGCAGCCUGUUCAUUGUUUGGCUUGCCUGGUGAGAGUCCCUCCCAGCAGGCCGUGCAGCAGGCAUCUGAGCCAGCCUCGUCGGCUGGAGCGUUCGGCCGAGACCGAGCUGCCUCCGUCCUUGAAGAGGACGAGGCCUCGCUCGUCGCCGUCGCUGCACUACAGUCUGACGACUCAGACUAG